GCUGGCUGGUGCUGGACCCGCAGCUGUCUGUGUCUGAAGCCCGAUGCCGCUGUGAGCUGUUGUCGCUGCAGUGGAGGCGUUUUUUUCCCUGUGUGCAGCCAGCCGCAAGAAAUGGAUGUGUUUCUCAUGAUCCGACGUCACAAGGCGACCAUCUUCACAGAUGCCAAAGAGUCUACCACAGUCUAUGAACUGAAGCGCAUUGUGGAAGGCAUUUUAAAGAGGCCCCCUGAAGAUCAGAGGCUUUAUAAGGAUGACGUGCUGCUUAACGAUGGUCAAACUCUUGGAAAUUGUGGCUUCACAAAUCAAACGGCCCGACCUCAGGCCCCAGCCACAGUGGGGUUAGCUUUCCGUCUGGGUGAUGAUUCAUUCGAGCAGCUGAGGAUCGAGUCCUUCUCCACUCCCCCUGAGCUCCCUGACGUCAUGAAGCCCCAGGACUCUGGCAGCACAGCCAACGAGCAGUCUGUACAGUGAAGGGAGGGGCGGUAAAGCAGAGGGACGCACAGGGGGUCUGAGGGCGGACGCACAGGGGGAGUAAGGGGCUGAAUUUUGGGGAAGCAAUGCCUCAGCGGGGUGAAUUUGACCUCACCUGUCUUCAGCUGGGCACAAACAAAUACAAACACUGAUUCCCCUUGUUGUAAAUGUGGGGGUGGGUGCUUCAAAGUGGUUCAUUUGUUUCCUGAAAUCGGAGCGCAUGCUAAAUUGAUACUUUCACACAAGGCCCUUCAGAGAUACCUGAGGGACUUGUCAUGACACUGUCAGUCAUCCACAGAAUUGGUCAAGGCUGAACAUUAAGAAUCGUACCUCGUAUUUAAUGAAUUCUAGUCUUUAUUUGGGGUAAGGUUGAUGCUGCCUUACUUGUUUUUUAUUUGCUGGCUUAAACGUGGGAGUUGAUAAGGUUUGACAUUUUUAGCCUUUUAUGUUUUUGUGUUUCUUUAUUAAACUAUGACUAGAAUUUGACAUGUUUUUGGUCUUUGGCCUGGAUAUGUGUUGAGACAAUAGCUAGGGUUUGUGAAUUUCUAAGUUACUAUCUGUAUUUCAAGACCUUUUGAACAAUAUGAUUCGGAAAGGAACUGGAUUCACUUGUCAGCAGGGGAUCUGGAUUUCUUCGUACUUUAUCUAUCAGUAGUUAUAGUUUUCAUCCUGUGACUGCUCAUAGAGACAUAAUGGGCUCAGUCAUGAGUAUCUACAACAUAUGUAAUGCUUGUAUGAACCUGGUGUUUAAAAGGAAGUGUGCCACAGACAUAGCAGCAAAAAUAUUGAUUAUUGAUUAAUUUCUAUAAUUGACAAAGGUCGGAUUUAACCAACUUUCCUAACCAGUGUUGAUUGUAGCCCAUGAAAUCGAGGAGAUUGGAUUUUGUUGGCUUCAAUCAUUGGGCCUAAUUGAUUACAGUAAACAUGAAAUAUUAUCAGUCCAACAGAAAGUGUGUCUGUAAGUAGUGGGCUGUACACGUCACCCUUUUUUUUUCACCAGAAUCACUGCCCUUUUAUUUUUCAUGCUGCAACUUGUGCUGUGUCAUACACCAUUAAUCCCAAACUACACAACAGUAAGUCAGAAAACAAAAUGGACUAUUAUGCACAACAAACAAAAAUCAAGUGUAUAAAAAAUGGUCAUGUGAGUCAUCUAGAAAACUACAAUAAAAAAAAACACUGACUCUGGGAUGUUGAAUGAAAUAUCAAAAAGAUCAGCAUUUGCAAAUUGAGGCUGUUAAACAGUGGGACAUGAUCAAGGUUGCACUUGUAACUGAUUUAACAUUAAAACAACUGUUUUUCA